GUAUCCCAAUACUAAAUCAAGUAACAGACCCGUUUCAAACCAACAGGCACUUUUUUUUUAACAACAAACGAACAUUCUCUUUCUUUUUUUAUUUUGUAAUUUAAAAAAACCACAUAUACACACUCUCCUUUUUAUUACUGCUAAUUGUUUUGUCUGCUUUGCCCACGUACCUGAAUACAUUUCAUUUAUCUCUUCCUUCCAAUUCAAAUCCCAAAAAUUUCAAAGGAAAGAAGAUUGAAUUGGAAGAAGGCAGACCCUUUAAAAGGGAAAAAUGUUGGACGGCUGCGUUUGUUUUGCAUAAAUCAAUUUCAGAAAUUUAUUUUCUGAAAAAUGUUGAUAUUUUCCGGAAAAAGAUAAAGGUUCCACUUUCACAGUCCUAGGCAGAAAAUAGGUUUCUUGUUGGUGGAUAGGAGAGAAAAGACAGGAGAACAAAAAAAAAAUGAAGGGGGUUUUGAUAUGGGUUUUGAGAUUGUGGAGUGUAGUUGGUAUCGGUUUGAGCCGAUCUGAAUAUGGGUUGGAAGAACUGAAAGCUAAAGAGAGUUUGCUUUCGUACUUGGAGAAAGAUGCAGUGUCCUCUGAUGCCAACUCUCUCAUGGUUCCCCUCACUCUCAUUCAAGGAGCUGCUUCGAAAGGAGCUGUUUGUUUGGAUGGGACGCCUCCUGGUUAUCAUCUGGAUCGUGGGUUGGCGUCAGGUGCAAACAGCUGGCUCAUUCAAUUGGAGGGAGGUGGAUGGUGUACUGACAUUCGAACUUGUGUCUCCCGCAAAACUACUCGACGUGGUUCAUCAAAAUUUAUGGAGAGGCAAAUAAAUUUCACUGGAAUAUUAAGCAAUAAAGCUGAAGAAAAUCCUGAUUUCUACAACUGGAAUAGAGUCAAGCUACGUUAUUGUGAUGGGGCAUCUUUUGCUGGGGAGGGCCAGAAUGAGGCUAACCAACUUUAUUUUAGAGGACAAAGGAUCUGGUCAGCUGCUAUGGAAGAAUUAAUGGCUAAUGGAAUGCAGAAUGCUGAGCAGGCUCUUCUUUCCGGAUGCUCAGCUGGGGGUCUAGCAUCCAUUCUUCAUUGUGAUGAAUUUAAGUAUUUAUUUCCCAAAACAACCAAAGUGAAAUGUCUGAGUGAUGCAGGCCUGUUCCUUGAUGCAACUAAUGUGGCUGGUGGCCAUACCUUAAGGGAUAUGUAUGGUGGUGUGGUUACCUUACAGGGUGUGCAAAAGAAUUUGCCAAAUACUUGUACCAGUCAAAUGGAUCCAACUUCGUGCUUCUUCCCUCAAAACUUGAUUGCAAAUAUCAAGACCCCUAUGUUUCUUCUCAAUGCAGCCUAUGAUGCAUGGCAGGUCCAAGAGAGUUUAAUUCCAUCAUCUGCUGAUCCUCACGGCUACUGGAAUGAUUGCAAAAUGGAUCGUUCUCAUUGUAACUCAUCACAGAUGCAAUUUCUGCAAGACUUCAGGAAUCAAAUGCUCGAUGCCGUAAAUGUUUUCUCAAUGUCCGAUCAAAAUGGUUUAUUCAUAAAUUCUUGUUUUGCUCACUGCCAGUCAGAGAGACAGGAUACAUGGUAUGGGAAUGAUUCUCCUCGUAUUGGAAGCAAGGCAAUUGCAGUGUCUGUUGGAGACUGGUUCUUUGAUCGAACAGCUGUUAAAGCUAUUGACUGUCCUUACCCCUGUGACAAUACCUGUCACGAUCUUGUCUUCAAUGAUGUUACUUCAACCAUAACGAUCUCUCGGUCCACAAGGUUGAAAUUUUCUCUCCUAAAUCUGCUUAGUGCCUUCUUGAUCUCCUUAAUAUGUUCCAAAUGCACCAUGGAGUUUCAAUUUGGCCAAUGACUAAUAAUUAUAACUUUAAAGUCCACAUCCUAGCAGAUAUGGUGGAUCUUUUGCUUGCUACCAUUUCAAAUCAUUCAUUCAAAGCACUUCUUUCGUAGCCACUGCAUUUCUUUUCUAAAAUUCUGUGGUUGCCACAGUUGAUGCUGUGGAAUGGUUUACCUGUACUCAAUCAUGUAUGUAUUAAUGAUAGCAAGGAAGUGAAGAAAAUGAACACUGAGAAGGACAUUUAUUGGCAUCUGCCACCAAAUGGGAUUGAUCCCUUGAUUUGCUGUAUUUUGGUGUAUCAUGCAAUUUUGAAUCAAGUCUAUUCCAUAUUUUUUUUUCAAGUGCUUUUACAUUUAUUUUGAAUUUGUAGGAUUUGAGAUGUGUGAAACUAAGUAGGUGGGCUGUUUAAACAGCUUACCUGAAUAACUGACUAUUGUACGAGAUUGCUUAAUCCAGGCUGGAGGCUUGGUCAUCAGUGGGAUCUCAUGGUAAUAAUUUCUUUUGGAUUGAACUUCAUCCAAAAGAUAGUGUCUUCCUGAUUUUCUUUGGCUGAUAUAUUGCCGUUGUAUGUAUCAAGCUGCUACAUUCUAACAUUUGAGCUGUUAGAUUUUAGGGCUUCAUGCUGUCUCCCUAGUCCUUACCUUGCAAGUUUGGUUGUUAUUUCCUGUUAGUUUAACUCUGUUUUGACAUA